UUUUUGGGUGAGAAAAAGGUAUGAUAAGAGAGUGGAUUAGGGCAGUAGGCAUUAUUUUAACGACGUCGUGUAAAAGAAGACAGAUCCCGAGGGCACGACACCUAUAAAUAGCGCCGCCCCUUCACUCUAAGCUAGCUAGCUCACUCACUUCAUUUUCGUGUUUCGUUUCUUCACGCUAAGCUAACACCCUUCUCUUCUCUCUCUCUCUCUCUCUUCCUUUCUCAAGAUGCCUGAGGAAAAUGCAAACACUACUGAUCGUGAAACUGAAGCGUUUGCUGAGGUUGAUCCCACUGGACGGUUUGGGAGGUACAAUGAUCUUCUAGGCUCUGGCGCUGUGAAGAAGGUUUACAGGGCUUUUGAUCAGGAGGAAGGUAUAGAGGUGGCCUGGAAUCAGGUCAGGUUGAGGAAAUUCAGUGACGAUCCAGUGCUUAUCAAUCGGCUUCUCUCUGAGGUUAAGCUGUUGAGGACAUUGAAAAACAAAUACAUCAUUGUUUGUUACAGUGUAUGGAAGGAUGAUGAACGUAACACGUUGAAUUUCAUUACUGAGGUGUGCACAUCGGGAAAUUUGAGGGAUUACAGGAAGAGGCAUCGCCAUGUUUCCAUGAAGGCCUUGAAGAAGUGGUCAAAGCAGGUGCUUGUGGGAUUGGAGUAUCUGCAUACCCAUGAGCCAUGUAUUAUUCACCGAGAUCUUAAUUGCAGUAACAUCUUUAUCAAUGGAAACAUUGGCCAGGUGAAAAUCGGUGAUCUGGGAUUUGCGGCAAUUGUCGGAAAGAGCCAUGCAGCACAUUCAAUUUUAGGGACACCAGAGUACAUGGCACCAGAGCUGUAUGAGGAAGACUACACUGAGAUGGUUGACAUAUACUCCUUUGGCAUGUGCUUGCUUGAGAUGGUGACAAUGGAGAUCCCAUACAGCGAAUGUGAUAGUGUCGCCAAGAUAUACAAGAAGGUGACGACUGGAGUGAAGCCCCAAGCUUUGAACAAGGAGAUGGAUCCGGAAGUGAAGGCGUUCAUUGAGAAGUGCCUAGCCCAGCCAAGGGCAAGACCUUCAGCCUCUGAUCUUCUCAAAGACCCCUUCUUUUCUGAAGUCAGUGAUGAAGAGACUGAGCCAACUGGUUGAUGACUUCUUGAGCGAACAAUAUGCUUAGAGGUAACCAUUAACAUAGAACUAUCCAUAACUGUUUCUCUUCUAGAUUUGUUGUCACUAAAACCUAUUGUGUACAUAAGUAAUAAACUGAAGCAAUAAUAUUAGACCUGUCUAGUCUAGUUUGUUUGUUGAUCAGAAUAAUUAGAUUCUUUUGUAAUCAAUCAAUACUAGAUAAUGUCUCUAAUUGGUUUUUCUUAA